UUAAUCCUUGCUCCCGGCGUAGACAGUACUAUCCCAGAGUACAUCAAGGCUCUGGCAAGAUCUCGAUGUACCUAAGAAAUCUAGCAUUGCCGAGAGCGACACACAGGGAACCGAGUUAUGGGCGGAAGAAUUGAAGUGAUGGGUUGAUUUAGCUGUGGGUGGAUACGCUGUUUGAUGGCGCGUGUGACUGGACCAACUUUUAGAUCUACAUGGUCGAUGUGUUUUUAGUGAACGUUCCUAAGACCCGCCGGACGUUCUGCAAGAAAUGUGGCAAGCACCAACCCCAUAAAGUGACCCAGUACAAGAAGGGCAAGGAUUCUUUGUAUGCUCAGGGAAAGCGGCGCUAUGACAGGAAACAGAGCGGCUAUGGUGGGCAGACUAAGCCUAUUUUCCGCAAAAAGGCUAAAACGACAAAGAAGAUUGUGCUGAGACUUGAGUGUGUUGAGCCCAACUGCAGAUCAAAGAGGAUGCUGGCUAUUAAGAGAUGCAAGCACUUUGAACUGGGAGGCGAUAAGAAGAGAAAGGGCCAGGUGAUCCAGUUCUAAGCUGAUCUUGUUAUGAAGACAGUAAAAUCAUGAGCUUGUACUCACCUCUUACGAUUGCAGUUGGUUUUGGGGGAGGGAAUAAACAAAUUCUCUGAGUU